AUGUGCUCUGUUCUCGUCGGCACCAAUCCGCAGGCGCCUAAUCAGAAUAUGUUCACCGGCUUGCCCCUCGAGCUGCUCGAGGAGGAAGCCCGUCUGCUUGUCGACCGUCAAGAUGCGUAUAUUGUUGAUGAUGCACGUACCCAUCUGGAGUAUCUUUCAGCUCUGCCUGAGCAGAAACGACGGGCUUACAUUGAGGCUCAUAUGGCCCGUCUUGGGGAGGCACGUGGAAGCCUCGAAGAUGAGAUGUCUGCCCGCGCCAAAGCUGUAAAAGAGGCGAGAGAGUCUGGAGCUCUGGCCGGCAAGGGCAAAAAAGGGAAGCGACGCGCCGAGACCAAGGACAAGCAAGCUCCUGAAGACUCGACAUGUGCACCUUCCCCAGUUCCAUCUGUGGCCAAUCAACCUCAAGUUGCUGCAGAGUCUUCACCGGACGUCUGUCUGUUUGAAAGUCCUGCACCAGAAAAGCCCUCGGUGUCUAAAUCCGUCAGUAGAGCAGCACCGACCGAUGAUGUCGUGUCAGUGGGUAAAAUACAUCUCACGCCAGGGACUAGCAAGGACCUCUUGCCAAGUGGCUACGUAUCAACGUCAGACAGCUCCAAUAAUUCUGAUGAGCAGAAAAACAUGGCGCUUACCCACUCACCGCCGAGCUCCUGUCCUCUUUACAACUACCUGAACAGUCAGGGAUAUUUUAUGACCCCUGGAAUCCGCUUCGGUGGUCAGUACAGCGUCUACCCGGGGGAUCCUUUCCGUUUCCACGCGCAUUUCAUUGCGAACAAUUACAGAUGGGACCAGGAGAUUGAUAUGCUGGAAUUAGUCGGUGUCGGCCGUCUUGCUGGAGCCGUGAAGAAGGGUCUUUUGCUGGGCGGCGAGAGGCCUGGGCAAGGCGCAGGCCAGCCGGACGGGAGGAACGUUCGCGCUUUUUGUGUAGAAUGGGCUGGAAUGUGA